UCUUUGAAGAUUUUGCAUCUGGUGUAGACUGCUUCUUGCACAACACAAACAGCAACCAUGCUUCUUUCAGCCGAUGACAAGAAACACAUCAAGGCAAUUAUGCCUGCUAUCGCUGCCCAUGGCGACAAAUUUGGGGGAGAAGCUUUGUACAGGAUGUUCAUAGUCAACCCCAAGACCAAAACUUACUUCCCUAGUUUUGACUUCCACCACAAUUCAAAACAGAUCAGUGCUCAUGGCAAGAAAGUUGUGGAUGCUCUGAAUGAAGCUUCCAACCAUUUGGAUAACAUCGCUGGAAGCAUGAGCAAGCUGAGUGACCUCCAUGCCUAUGACCUGAGAGUGGACCCUGGCAACUUCCCAUUGCUGGCCCAUAAUAUAUUGGUGGUUGUUGCUAUGAACUUCCCUAAGCAGUUUGAUCCUGCAACCCAUAAGGCCCUGGAUAAGUUCUUGGCUACCGUAUCUACUGUUCUGACAUCCAAAUAUCGUUAAGGCUCAGCAACAACAGCAGCAGAAGUCUCAACAUCAGACAUCAGUUAAUUAUAUGCAAUCAAACUGACAAAGCUUGUGAAAGAAUGUUCUGAAAUAAACAUUUUAACCAUUA